UGACAGAAUACUUAGCAUCAUGGCGGCGAUUCAAACUUUAAAUCCCAAAGCAGAAUUUGCUCGAGCAGCUGCGGCCUUACAAGUUAACACAAGUGCAGCAGUUGGUCUACAAAAUGUCCUUAAAACGAACCUUGGUCCCAAAGGCACAAUGAAAAUGUUGGUUUCUGGAUCUGGUGAUAUCAAAAUUACCAAGGAUGGCAAUGUUCUUUUACAUGAAAUGCAAAUACAACAUCCAACUGCCUCACUGAUUGCCAAAGUUGCCACAGCUCAGGAUAACAUUACAGGUGAUGGAACAACAUCAAAUGUUUUGAUUAUUGGUGAUCUAUUAAAGCAGGCCGACUUAUACAUAUCAGAGGGUCUUCAUCCGAGAAUUGUUACAGAAGGAUUUGAUUUGGCAAAGGAGAAAUCGUUAGAGGUUUUAGAAAAGGUCAAAGUCAAAUUCGAUAUGGACAGAGAUACGUUGAUAAAUGUGGCCAAAACAUCUCUAAGGACAAAAGUUCACACAAAACUGGCUGAUAUUUUGACAGAGGCUGUUGUUGAUGCUGUGUUAGCCAUUCGUAAAGAAAAUGAGGAUAUUGAUCUUCACAUGGUAGAAAUUAUGGAGAUGAUUCAUAAAUCUGAUGCUGAUACAAAACUUGUUCGUGGUCUGGUAAUGGAUCAUGGUGCAAGACAUCCUGAUAUGAAAAAGAAAGUCACUGAUGCUUAUAUACUGACGUGUAAUGUCUCUAUGGAGUAUGAAAAAAGUGAAGUGAAUUCAGGAUUUUUCUACAAAAGUGCUGAAGAACGUGAAAAGUUGGUAGCGUCCGAGAGAAAGUUUAUCGACGAUCGUGUUCGUAAAGUCAUCGAACUGAAAAAGAAGGUGUGUAAUGGAAACGAGAAAGGAUUUGUCGUUAUAAAUCAAAAGGGCAUCGAUCCAUUCUCUUUGGAUAUGUUGGCUAGAGCUGGCAUUGUUGCAUUGAGAAGAGCCAAAAGACGAAAUAUGGAAAGGUUAACAUUAGCAUGUGGUGGAAUGGCAAUGAAUUCAUUUGAUGAUCUCACUUUGGAAUGUCUUGGUCAUGCUGGUCUUGUGUAUGAACAUGUAUUGGGAGAAGAUAAAUUUACAUUUGUUGAGGAAGUGAAGAAUCCUCAAUCAGUAACGAUUUUGAUCAAAGGCCCAAAUAGACAUACCGUGACACAGAUCAAAGAUGCUGUUCACGAUGGUUUACGUGCCGUGAAGAACGCCAUCGAUGAUGGUGCAGUUGUACCUGGAGCCGGUGCAUUUGAAAUUGCGGUUUACUCUACUCUUAUGGAAUAUAAGAAGACAAUUAAAGGUCGCGCCAGACUUGGUGUACAGGCGUUUGCUGACGCCUUCCUCAUAAUUCCGAAAAUACUCGCCCAAAAUUCUGGUCACGAUCCGCAAGAAGUUAUUGUUAAACUGCAGGAAGAAUACUCAGAUAUUGGUAAACCUGUUGGCGUGGACUUGAGUUCUGGCGAGGCCUUCAUUCCGGCAGAUCUUGGUAUAUGGGAUAAUUAUAACGUCAAACGACAGCUGUUGCAUUCUUGCACUGUGAUUGCAACUAACCUACUUUUGGUUGAUGAGAUCAUGAAAGCUGGGAUGUCGUCUUUGAAGGGUUAGAAGGAGAUCGUAGUGGACUUUUAGGACAAUGGAAAGAUAAGAACUUAUUUGUUUUCUCAAUAAAUCCGAUCUUGAUGAACCUGAUAA